GAAAAUGGAAUUGGAGGUUCUGUUCGUUCAACAAUUAUAAUGGUGAGUUCGUGUCUUUUUAAAUUUUAAGUGUUUGUUAAUGGUUUGAUAUUAUGCUAUUGCACAAUUUACAUGCACUUAACUUAUAGUUUAGGGUAUUUUAGUAAACUUACCAAUUAAAAUACAGUAUGAUACAUUCAAUUCAAACAAAAAAUAUAUUAUUACACAGCAGCAAACGAUACAGUCUAUCCAAAUAUUGUAUCUACAAAACAGCAUAAUACAAUACAAUACAGUACAUUAUGAAACAAUGGGUAACAACGUUCCAAACAGAGGGUAAAUCUCCUCCCAUGUUAGUACUACUAAUGUUCUUGGCUACCAUGACUUAGAUGGAAGGAAAAACAAAAACUAUGUUUACAAAUCUGUUAUUAAGAACCUUUAGUUCAUGGUCUUUUGCUAUUAAAAAUGCAAAAUCACCUCAAAAAGCCUUAACACUUUAUACCCAAAUGCAACGCCAAGCCAUACCCUUUGACAGUUUUGCCAUUCUUUACACUCUUAAAUCAUGUACUCAUUUACAUAACUUUCCCUUAAUAUGUCACCUCCAAGCCCAUAUACUCAAAUUAGGGUUUAAUAUCCACGUGUAUGUUGCCACAUCACUGUUGAAUGCGUAUACGGGGACGUCAUUUGAGUAUGCUUGUAAGGUGUUCGAUGAAAUGCCUGUGAGAAAUAUUGUCACGUGGAACGCGAUGAUAACUUGUUUUUCUCGAUCCGGGGUUGUUAAAAAUGCGAGGAAGGUGUUCGAUGAAAUGCCUCUGAGGGAUUUAGCUUCGUGGUCUGCGAUGAUUGCUGGAUACAUGAAUAAUGGGCAUUGGGAGGAAGGCGUGGCGCUUUUGCGAGAAAUGGUGAUUGUUGAAGAAGUAAAACCUGAUCAAGUGACCGUUGGGCCGAUAUUAUCGGGCUGUGCUGAAAUGGGUGGUUCGAUCGGGUUGCUUCUUGGGAAAUCAGUGCAUGGUUUCGCGGUUAAGAAUAAUUGGGAAUUGAAUGUGGAGCUUGGUACUUGUUUAGUAGACAUGUAUGCUAAAUGUGGAUUCUUGAAUUUCGCUUCAUUGGUAUUCGAUAUGAUGAAUGAUAGAAAUGUGGUGACUUGGACUGCUUUAAUUUGUGGAGCGGCAAAACACGGUUAUGGAAACGAAGCGUUGGAGAUAUUCAAGAAAAUGAGACAAGGGGGUGUGGUGCCUAAUGAGUUUACGUUUACUGGUGUACUUAGUGCUUGUGUACAAGCAGGGCUGGUCGAUGAAGGUCGAGGAUACUUUAAAAUGAUCAAAGAGUGUGGACUGAGACCGACAAUUCAGCAUUAUGGUUGCAUGGUUGAUUUAUUUGGGAAGGCAGGAUUGUUAGGGGAAGCAUAUGAAGUGAUCAAUAGUAUGUCACGAGAGCCUAAUAUAGUUAUUUGGGGUUCCUUUUUGUCGUCUUGCAAGUUGCAUAAACAGUUUGAGAUGGCAGAUAGAGUGAUUGAGAGGGUCAUGAAUGUGGUGAGGCCGGAGAACGAUGGUGGGGUUUAUACCCUUAUAUCAGACUUGUAUGUUCUGGGUGAUAAAUGGGCGGAUGCCGAGAGGGUGAGGCAAUUAAUGCUCCAUCAAAAUGUGAGGAAAGCUAGAGGAUCUAGUUUCAUAAGAAAUAAUACAACAUGAAGUACUAUUAAACUGCAGCAGAUUCUUGUUUCGACCAUGAUCUGGUCAAGGAAAAAAUUAUUUCUUCUGCCUGUUCUUGAAGUGACUUCUGCUGAUAGUAGAAUUAAGAAGGCGAGGAUUUAUCAAGUUGAGGAAAAGAAAGAUGCAACUUGUAAUUGGAGAAGAAACUUAGACACUGGAAAAACAUGCCGCAUACUGAAAGGUGACAUGUCACCAGAUGAUUAACUAUUUAUGACAGAUUUUCAGUUCUAGAUUUUGUACAGCCUCUGGACCUGAAAUGCCUGGAGAUACUGUUUCCUCGUUUUAUAGUGUUGGAGAGCCUUCAUUGUUGGUAUAAUCAAUCAUAGUUUUUCAGUUUGAAUGGAAAUAGUAAACAUUAAUUAA